CUCCAGAAAUGAAAGUUAAGUUUUUCAGAGAGGCAGCCACACCGAAGUCGAGGCAAGUCUCUGUUUCUCUCAAAGAAAAUACAAACUGAGUUCAUCAGGUCCUUCUCAACAACACAGCAGAGUUUCUGUCAAACACUGGUAUUAAUAUGGCUGCUGCAAACUAUCUGCAAGCUGAAGAUCAGUUUCUGUGCUCCAUCUGUCUGGAUGUGUUCACUGAUCCAGUCACAACAUCAUGUGGACACAACUUCUGUAAAACCUGCAUCACUGAACACUGGGAUAGAAGUGACAGGUGCCAGUGUCCCAUGUGUAAAAAAGAGUUCUACACAAGACCUGAGCUGCACGUUAAUACUUUCAUCUCUGAGAUGGCUGCUCAGUUCAGACAGUCGGCUCAACAGAAAGCCAGCAGCAGCAGCAGCUCAGAGCAACAAAUCUUCAAACCAGGAGAAGUUCCCUGUGACGUCUGCACUGAAACCAAACUGAAGGCCCUGAAGUCCUGCCUGGUGUGUCUGACCUCCUACUGUGAGACUCACCUGGAGCCUCAUCUGACAAUGUCAGGUCUGAAAAGACAUCAGCUGAUCGACCCUGUGGAGAACCUGGAAGACAGGAUGUGUCCGAAGCACGAUAAACCUCUGGAGCUGUUCUGUAAGACCGACCAGACAUGUGUCUGUAUGCUCUGCACUGUUUUAGACCACAAGAUGCAUGAACUGGUUCCACUAAAAGAAGAACAUGACAGUAAAAAGGCAGCGCUGGGGAAGACGCAGGCUGAAACUCAGCAGAUGAUCCAGAAAAGACGACAGAAAAUUCAGGAGAUCCAACACUCAGUCGACCUCAGUGAAAAAGAAGCAGACAGAGAGAUAGCAGAAGGUGUUCAGGUCUUCACUGCUCUGAAGGAGUCUGCUGAGAGAGGACUGAACAAACUCAUGGAUACGGUCAAAGAGAAGCAGAAAACAACUAAAAAACAGGCUGAAGGUUUUAUCAAAGACCUAGAACAGGAAAUCUCUGAGCUGAAGAAGAGAAGCACUCUGAUGGAGCGUCUCUCACAGUCUGAAGACCAUCUACAUCUUCUCCAAAGCUUUCCAUCCUUGAAAGUUGCUCCACAAACCAAAGACUGGACAAAGGUCAGCAUCCGUCCAUCAUCACAUGAGGGGACUGUGGCUAGAGCUGUGGUUCAGCUGGAGGAGACACUCGGUAAAGAGAUGAAGAAGCUGCUUGAAGCUGAGCUGAAGAGGGUCCAGAAGUACGCAGUGGAUGUGACUCUUGACCCUGACACAGCACAUCCUGAACUCAUCCUGUCUGAUGAUGGGAAACAAGUUAAACAUGGUGAUUUAAAGAAGAAUCUCCCAGACAACCCAGAGAGAUUUUCUUACUGCGAUUGUGUUUUAGGAAAGCAGAGUUUCUCUUCAGGCAGAUUUUACUUUGAGGUUCAAGUUAAAGGAAAGACCGAGUGGGAUUUAGGAGUGGCCAGAGAGUCGAUCAAGAGGAAAGGAAAGAUCAGACUGAGCCCAGAAGAUGGUUUCUGGAUUAUAUGGUUGACAAAUGGCAAUGAGUACGAAGCUCUUGAUCCGUCAGUCAGUCUCUCUCUGAAGUCUCAGCCUCAGAAGGUGGGGGUGUUUGUGGAUUAUGAGGAGGGUCUGGUCUCCUUUUAUGACGUAGAUGCUGCAGCUCUUAUCUACUCCUUUACUGGCUGCUCCUUCAACGGGAAAAUCUACCCAUACUUCAGCCCCGACUGUAAUUACGGUGGUAAAAACUCAGCACCUCUUGUCAUCUCUUCGGUCACGGUUCCCAGAGUGCCGGAGAUGAUCCUACCGGACAUUGAGCGAGGGGAAAAUUUAAGCUGGCGCUGAAACAGGGAAUCUCAACACAGAAGAGCAAGUUUUCGCUGGCGAGUUCAAACCCAAAACCUUCUUUCUGUGAAAAUGACAACCGCAUCACCCUACCACCCAGAGAUGAAAUGUACCACAGUGGAAAUUGAGUGGAAAAAAUAAAUGCCGCAAAAAUAUCUUGAUGUAUAGCUACAGACAAUAUAUUGCUGAAUGUUUCAUAAAGCUUCAUUUAAGAUUAAGGCUUAUUUUUUGACUAUAAUGUCUGCAGAGUACAGUAUGUGUCAUUAUUAUGCAUUGAAAUGUAUCGACAGAGUUGUUUAAUAGAACAGAUACUGACAAUAUUUCCUAUUUAGUUAAUUACUGUGGCCAAUUUUUGGGGGGGGAUUUGUGAAUAUUGGUAAUGUGGUUGAUGAGACAAAGAAAUCCGUUUUAUUUUUUGUAGUAUUUUGAUUCCGUUAUAGUUUAAUGUUGUGAUCUUUAAUAUUUCAGUCCUCGUUGGUUACUUGUGAACAAAGCAAGAGUGGUUUAAUACAAGUGUAAAGCUGCUUGAGCAACUGCUUAGUCAGAACUACAACAGAAGAGCAGCUGCAGCAAAAAUAGACCAGGAGCAUAGCAAUAGAGCAAGAAAAGAGUCUCCGCUCAUGUACACUGGCUAGGAUGGCAGCAUAUUGUUUUAAGGAGCCUUGAAGAAAAAAUAAAUUGGUGAAAGAGGGGGACAAAAGUUGUGUUUCAGUGGGAUUCGUUUAGACAAAUUGUGUGUAUGUUUAAGGUCUGUAGGUUGGGUAGAAAUCAUUUCCUUUUACAAAUGUAAUUAAUUUACAUUUUCUAUGUUUACUGGCCUGUGCCACCCUCAUCCUUGUGUACUCUUUUUGAACCAAAAUGUGUUUUUUGUACAAGAACACCCACUAAAAUAAUCGAUAGACUCCUUUCCCAUUGCUAAGUAUGUGUUUCUGUUUUUAUGUGGUGCGUCACGUUCAACGUCACAAACACAACUUGGAAGCAGGGUUCGUUGAAAGUGAAAAUGUUCCGAUGAUUAUUUCUUUGUUUAUAUGUGUCACUUAUUCAGACCGUCUUUUAAAUUCCUUAAACUAAUGUGGUGAUUGUUCAAACAGUGGAAAGACAUCAAAGACUUAGUGGGUUUUUUUCUGUUGUUUUUAAAAAAAUAAAUGUUUUUUACGAUGAUCAGUGAGGAGAGCAUAUUUGUUUUGUAUGUUAUGUUUCAUAAUUAUAAUCAUGGUUUAAAUCCCCGUUAUAAAAAAAAGUAUAAAUA